AUGGAAAGGCAGCUAUUUCGCGCCGUGUGUCUGACCCUGCUCGUCGGCGCCGUCCUGUCGUGUGUGGCGUCAGAAACAAGUGAACAGAAGACUGAGGUUGAUUUCACCGCCACCAUCCCGAAAGGGGGACUUGAGAGGGACUUGGAGCAAGUGUUCUCCCUCGGACCUUCCGGCAAGCUCCAAGUCGUCGACGAAACAGGGGAUGCUGUCUACCUUCCCCAGCCCAGCGAAGGCGCUGAUGAGCAAUCCUCGGACUCGUACAGUGCCGCAUAUCUAUUUGAGAAUGGAGUAUGCGACUUCACAAAAAAGGUCGUGUUCAAGGAAGCGUUUCCAGGGUACACAAAGCCAUUAUGGGUUUCUGACGAGACGCCUUCGGGGGAAUCGGAGAAAGCAUCCACAGGAGGGAUUGUAAAAUACACGUUUACGAAUCCUCCUGCAGAGUAUGUGGGUGGACGGGUCAGUUUUUGUGUGCGGUUCAGAACAGUGCUUGCCAACAGCUCGCAAUCAACGCCGACGCCACCGGGAAACACUUUGCCCGAGUCUUCGGACGAGGAAGGGCCACACUCCAGUGCCCAGUCUGGCGAGCCCAGUGGAGGAGCAACCGGAGAGGGGAAUCAGGGUCCACAAGAGAGACCCCAUUCAGAGAAACCCGGUGAUUCUGGGUCGGACCUAAACGGGCAGCCGCCUCCCCAAGCCGAGGCUGAGGGAACUGAACAGAAUGGCGGCGAAGCGGCUAAACAGGAUAAGGAUGAGGCGCUUUCUGAGCCAUUGCCAGAUGGCAGCACUGUCGGAUCACCUGCGGCUGUGCCACCUAAUAAAAAUAACGUUGAAAAAACUGAAGAUCCGUCAAAAUCCCCAACCCUCUUAGGAGAUGAGGCGAAAGCUGCAGAUGUACCACAGCCAUUGUCACAGCAGACAGGGGCCUCCUCCCAACCUGUUGAAGCCUCACGAGCGGCGGAUUCCGAGGUCACGGCAGACGGAUCCGCACGCAACACGCUUGGCCACAAUGUCGACGGGAGUGUUAGUGUAAAGGACGGCGCCCGACUAAGGCGCCUCAGUGGGACCCCCGCGGAGCAACAUGCAUUCUUGACUCUUGUAGUCCACUCCGAGGCGUCGGGCAUUUCAAGUGGCAUACGUAUCUUGUCCGUUGUUCUUCUUACCUUGACAGCUACACUUGUGUCGAGUGCUUUUAACUGUGGUUGA